UCUCUUUGCACUCAACUCCUCUACUUACUUGAAUGAACUGCGGUGCAGUUACACUACACAGAGAGAGAUAGAGAGGGAGGGAAAUACUGUCUUGAGGGUAUGUUAUAGUUGUAAUACAGCCAUCACUUCAGUCACCGACAUUUCCAAGCAAUGGAGCCUCACGUAAACGCGCAACGGCUUUUUGAGCACGCGACAGCCUUGAAGCUUCACACGGGGAAUUUAGUCAACCGCAGUCGACUUAAGAAGAAAUGUCCGUCUUCGACUAGCGAGGAGCUUCAAGACUGCAUCCAAGGCACACUGAGUGCGUGGUUGGCCACGAUGCCAUCAACGCUUGAUUCAGAGCUUCCCAGUGUUCUGCACUGCACCAUUCCAGAGAAUACAGAAGCCAUCACGCCAGAAGAGAGAGAGGAGCUGAAAGUGUCUGUUAAGCUUUUCCUCAGCGAGCCGGACUGCUCAUCUAUCAGAAAUGCAGUGGACAUGGCUCGUUCGUCCUUAGCAGUGUCUCAGCUGGAUUCUGUGAUCAUUGCUCCUCCUCCACUCCUCGAUGGUGAAAUUCAGACUCUGAUCCACCUGCAGCCGCUGUGGGAGGAGCUAGAGGGUCUUGUGCAUAGCAAAAAAAUUGCUGCUAUCGGCACGUCAGACUUGGACAAAUCCCUCCUUGAGCAGCUGUAUAACUGGGCUCAGGUAAAGCCAAGCAGUAACCAGGUGAAUCUGGCAUCGUGUUGUGUGAUGCCUCCAGACCUCACUGCGUUUGCUAAAGAGUUCGACAUACAAUUGCUAACACACAAUGACUCCAAAGAGUUAAUCAGCGCUGCAUGCUUCCAGGAAGCAGUACAGGAGAGCAGUAAGGACCUGCUGGUGGCAGACUGGAGCCUGGAGUGGGUCUUGCGCUACUCCAUCAUUGUCAAGAGCAGAGGCAUCAUUAAAUCAAAGGGCUACAUCGUUCAUGCUAAAAAGAGCAACAGCCAUUAACGGCAUGUUUGAGCAGGUUUCUAUGGUUUCUUGGAUGUUAAUCCAGCUAAUUUGAGGAACUAAUUCAUCUGUGAUACGUCUUUCAUUUUAAAGAAUUUGACGAAACACAAACGUGAACCUGAGUCAUCAUUUUGAUCAGAAGGAACAGAAACUGACUUGACCCCAAGGCACAUAAAUUCUCUGCGGCUUAAUUCUGUAUGCAAAGUGCCUCUUUUCAUGUCUGUUUGGUUUUCUUCUUUGGUAAAAAUGAAAGUUAAAACGUAUCAGUGGUUAAUAGGGUGUCAGAUUAGGAAAUGGGGGACCCACUUUUUCAAGCAGUUCCUAGACAUUUUGCUUAUGGGGAAUUUCAUUUUGAAAUGUAGAAUGUGUUUUAACAAACAGUGGACGACAUAGUUGUAGAUAUUUUUUACUUCAAUUUUUAAUGUUGAUUUUACGUCAUGGCAUUUUAAGUUUGUAUAAUUUAUUUUCAUUGCAGUGUAAAAUGUUUAGUAGAUGUUUCUUGUUUCAGAAGAUAAUCUCUCUUGUCUCCUGUGUAAACUAAAUGAUUUGCUUAUCUGACAUGUAUUCAAAUCAAGCAACUGAAGAAACUUUUGUGGAAUGCUUUUAACAUGCAUAGCAUGAUGAACAUUGCUUCACUGCAUAUAAAAACACUGGAAAAUGCCACACUUGAAGGAUAAGAAAGAUUCUAGUUUCAUUAUCUAGCAGAUUGUCAGAAUAUAUAUUUUUACCUGUUAUUUAUUCAUGGUAACACUGGUUCCUUUUGGGUCCAAAUCGUAUAAGAGAACAUUAUUCAUGUACUGUACAUGUAAUUGCUAUUUUCAAAUCCCAUAUUUUUUCAUUUGAUUUAUAAACAUCAGAAUUUAAAACUAA